GGCUCUACUGUGUACACCCCAUGGACUGGAUCAUUCACCUCUACUUUCUCCACCGGCGAGACCACUGUGACUGGACCUGACGGCAAGCCAACCACUACGACUGUGUACUACGUUGAAACCCCUGUUGGCGGAUACUAUCGGAACACGUCGUCUAGUGGACAAGCUUUCAGUACACGGGUAGAGCCCUCGGUUAUAACAAGUGGUGGAUCAUCUUUGACAUAUUCAUCAUCAGCGAAGGAAAGCAAUGCUCAUUCGGAAUCUGCAGUAACGACAACACACACCGAAAGCACAUUUGAUUCUACUGCGACUGCUCCUACUACUCAACCAUCACAAACUGGCUCUACGAUUGUUGUCACUGAAGGGAACACGGUGACUGGUUUCACCACCGCUAUUUCAUCAGCCAAUAGAUUAAGCACGUCCUCUGAUUACGCAAGUCCAAGUGCGUCAGCUGCUUCAAGUGUACCAGGUGCACCAGGCUCUGGGCCCGGCAAUGGCAUUCCAACCACUUUGAGUGGUUCAGGUACUCCAAGCUCCAGCUCUGGAUCUGCCAACCCUACUGCUACAAGUGUACCAGGUGCGCCAGGCUCUAGCUCUGGACUUGUUGAGCCAACUGCUUCAAGUGUACCAGUUGCACCAGGCGCACUCGGCUCUAGCUCUGAAAACGCUAACCCAACUGCUUCAAGUGUACCCGGUUCGCCAGGCUCUGGGCCCGGUAAUGGUAAUCCAACCACUUUGAGUGGUUCGGGCGCUCCGGGAUCAGGAUCCGGUAAUCCAACUGCUUCGGGUCUUUACACCACCAGUUCAGAAAGAAAUAGCGGAGCUCUAGAGACCACAAACGCUGGAGUGAAAACUUCACCGGUCACAACUUCUAGUUCGCUAGCCCACUCGACUGCAGCUGCCACAGUUUCGACUUAUGAAGGUGUUGCCAACAGGUUGGGCCUCGGAAUGCUGCUGGCACUUCCUUUGGCCUUGAUCUGA